CACGUUCGCAUUUCUAGAACUUCGACGCAUCUUCCAGCGCGUCUGGCGCUUUCAGCGUACCCAGAAAACCACGGCUGCGUUCACACUGCCUUUCAAAGUGUUUCCACCUAAAGUGACGUCAAAUCGUUGCGCACUUCGGUUCGUCGGUAGCGUCGUAACAGUAGGUCAGUUGGACACGAGCGCGUAGAGUCUGUCGUUGUGCGCUAAUGGGGCUAGUCCAGGGGAAACACGGUGUGGUGAGCGGAGCCGAGCUAGCAAAACAUUAACAUAAGCAGUGAGACAUUACGGGGCAGUGCAGCUGCACAGGUCGGCCUCCAGCCACAACUUUGUGGGCUUCUGCUUAUCUCGUAAAGCUGCUAACGUGAUUCUGUAACAGAGGGCGGUUGUUACCGUGUGCGUGUAUAUGCCAUGUAGGUUAACGAUAAAAUGACAGUGCUGCUAGUUGUUGUAGACAAGCAGCCAGCUGACCGUUUCACCAUGCAAGUGUAAUGCGAUAAGUCAUGCGUCAUGCACGUUACAGAAAAAUACUUUCAUCCGCUUAUCUGACUGGAAUCAAUGCUGAUUUUCCAGAUAGACCCGGUUGUAGUUAUCUACUAGCGUGUGUCUAUAAACCAUUUCACGGACUGGACCACCAUGCAUCACCCUGCUCCAUCCAGCAGUGAUCCGGGGUUUCUGCCAGCCAUGUAUUCAUUUUCAGGUCCUACGAGCCUCCCCGCGUUUGACCUUGGAUCUCCAAUGAUGUCUGCUGACCUGCAGAGAGCGUCAGUUUAUGACCACACCUGGGAGACACGAUGCCUCAGAAAGCACAGGAGGAGAGUUGAUGAUGAAGCAUGUAGUGCCAAGAAGAGGAGGAUUGAGGCGGAGGCCGACAUUUCAGAAAACACUAGCACCUGUAAUAACUGGCCAACAACAAAUGUUUGCCCACUUCUGUCAGCACAAGCCAGUCUUGCACUUCCACAGCUCUGUGCAACACCCCAGCCCUUGAGUUUGCCACAGACCUCGUCUGCCUUGUCCCAACCUGACACGGAGAGCUCCUGCAUGGAGAUAGAGGCAGCUCAAAGGAAACUUCGUGAGAUUGAAGACAGAAUAACGCUGGAAGAUGAUGAUGAGGAUGACAAUCUGGAUGUAGAGCCAGCACCAAGACGACCAGUGCUGGUGAUUUCUGACAGUUUGAAGGAGGGCCUGCAGCGCGGCAUCAGUGACAUCCUGCCGCACACAGUAGCCCAGUCUGUGAGCCAUUCCUGCAUGGAGUUGGUGCUGUGGCGACCACCAGAUGAUCCUUUCUGUCGGAGGCUAAAGGACUCCUUACAGAAACAGCGAAAACAACAGACAGUGACACGGCAUUCCCCAACCCCGUGUCCGUCCCCCAACCCUCACAGUGCCCUCAGCCCCUCCAGUCCACCUGCGCACACACACCCUCCUGUGUACAGCUUUACUGUGGCCCACAGCUCCGGAGAGGAGGACAUGGAAAUGUGAUCAUACGCAAGACUGGUCAUACUGUUACUGAAAAGACCACGAGGACUCAGAGCCACUUGAUGGUCAGUUUGGCAAAGGAUGCAUACUGUGCAUUUUUGAACCUGUUUGUGCAACACGUCCUUUCCUCUACAGUCAUUUAGUCUAGGUUCUCUGACCGUAACUUCAGGCAACUGCAUGUAAAAGCUAACUGCAACAUUGAUGUAAUUUAUUCCUUCAGAUCUCCAGGGCAAGUGUCAUUAUAUAAAAACUUUGUACAGUCUAAAGGCAGCCUUAUCUAAACAAUUUUAUAUAUUGCAGAAUUUAUAUUUGCCCUUAGUUAUAAUUUUGCCAAAGCCUAGUCAUCAGCACACAGGUGUACUGUGUACUUAAAUGCCAGUGUGAAGCACAAGAAGUAAAAGGAAAGGAAUUUCACUUUUGUAUGAUUUGUUUGUAUUUUCAUAUGUAUAUUAGCGUUGCAGCCAUUGAGUGUUCAGUGUACUUUAUAUUUGUUUUUCAAUAAACUCUUGCCUAGUCAA